AUGGAGAAAAUCAACUUUGUCAAGAAUGGUGAAUUGAAAAUGCCACCGGGUUUUCGUUUUCACCCAACCGACCAAGAGCUUGUGCUUUCGUAUUUGAAGCGUAAGGUGUUCUCUCUCCCUUUGCCUGCUGCCAUCAUCCCUGAAGCUGAUCUUUGCAAGUCUGACCCAUGGGAUUUACCAGGCGAUUUGGAACAAGAGAGGUACUUUUUCAGUACUAAAGAAGCGAAAUACCCUAAUGGGAACCGAUCUAACAGAGCUACAAAUUCGGGUUACUGGAAAGCUACUGGUUUGGACAAACAAAUCAUUAGCUGGUCGAAAUCUGAGGUUGUUGGAAUGAAGAAGACUCUUGUUUUUUACAGUGGAAAACCGCCUCUUGGUUCGAGAACUGAUUGGAUUAUGCAUGAGUAUCGUCUCGCUCCGUCUCACUCUAACCCUCUGAAUGAAAACUGGGUUUUGUGCCGCAUAUUCCUCAAGAAAAGAGCCGGUACUAAAACUGCGAGUGUGAAACCAAACAUGGACAUCAACAACCUUAACAACUCAGCUCCAAACUCGUCUUCAAACUCAACUUGUGCUUCAAAGGUCCUUGUCUUCUAUGAUUUCUUGGCACAGAGUACUGUUGCAUCUUCAAUUUCACCGGCUACAAGUGGAAUCACAGAUGAACGGACUGAGCAUGAAAAUGAAGAAACCAGUAGCUCUUAG